AAUCAUGUCAUCUUUCUUAAUACCAUUCAAAGUCAUGUUCUUCCUCAUACUUGUCCUGCUUCACUCUUCCUCUGUUUUUGCUUCUUCAUCCUCCAUUGCUGCACUUACAAGAGGAAAAGAAGCGGAAGCUCUUCUAAAAUGGAAAGCUAGCCUUGACAACAACACCCGAACUUUGCUCUCUUCUUUGUGGGUUGGAGACAGCCAUUGCAGUUGGGUUGGAAUUACCUGCGACAAGGCUGAAAGCAUCACCAAUCUAAGCCUUCCAGAUUAUGGGUUGAAAGGUACACUUCAUAGUCUUAAGUUCCUUUUCUUCCCUAACCUGAUGAGGCUUAACCUUUGCAACAACUCACUGUAUGGGCCCAUUCCCUCACACAUUGGGAACCUUUCCAAGCUCACCUUCCUUGACUUGUCAUACAAUAACCUUUCGGGGAAUAUUCCAUCCGAAAUUUGCUUAUUGAAAGGUCUUGAGUUGAUUUCCUUAGCAAGUAAUGAGAUCAGUGGUUCUAUCCCCGCUUCCAUAGGAAACUUGACCUACUUAUCUGUUCUCCACCUCUAUAGAAAUAUGUUUUUUGGAUCGAUACCUCAAGAAAUAGGGAUGCUUAAAUCUCUCACUGACUUUGAGUUGAGUCAUAAUAAUUUCUCUGGUUCAAUCCCUGCUUUCAUAAGAAACUUGACCAAUUUAUCCAUUCUCUACCUUCACCAUAAUAUGUUUUCUGGGUCCAUACCUCAAGAGAUAGGGAUGCUUAAAUCUCUCACUUACUUUGAGUUGGGUCGAAAUAAUUUCUCUGGUUCAAUCCCUGCUUCAAUAGGAAACUUGACUAGCUUAUCCACUCUUCACCUCUAUAAAAAUAUGUUUUGUGGGUCGAUACCUCAAGAGAUAGGGAUGCUUAAGAAGCUUACGAAAAUAUUUCUUAGCUAUAAUAAUUUAUCAGGGCCAAUUCCUUCAACGCUCGGCAAUCUUACUCCUUUGGAAGCAUUACAAUUAGCACAUAACCAUCUCAGUGGUCCAUUACCCAAAAAUUUAUGCAGGGGUGGACAACUCGCAUAUCUUUCGGUUAUCAAUAACAAUUUGACGGGUCAUAUCCAACCAACUUUGAAAAAUUGCAAAAGUUUAUACAGAGUUAGGCUUGAAGGAAACAAAUUUACAGGAAAUAUAUCAGAAGCUUUUGCUGUGUAUCCGAAUUUGAAUUAUAUUUCAUUAAGCAACAACAGAUUUUAUGGUGAGCUUUCUCCGAAGUGGGGGCAAUGUCAUAAUCUAACAAGCCUACAAAUCUCCAAUAACAACAUUUCUGGAAAGAUCCCACUAGAGUUGCAACAUGCAACUCAGUUACAGGAACUCGAACUCUCUUCAAAUCAUCUUGUUGGUGAGAUUCCCAAGGAAUUAGGAGCAUUGACAUUGAUGUUUCGUCUUCUGCUAAGUGGUAACCAACUUUCAGGCAAAAUUCCACCAGAGAUUGGAGUUCUUUCAAAUCUACAACAUCUUAACUUGGCAUCAAACAAUUUCAGUGGACCGAUUCCUAAUCAACUUGGAGACUGCUUAAAGUUAUUGGACCUGAAUUUGAGCAAGAAUAAACUUGGAGAAAGCAUUCCAUUUUCAGUAAGCUAUUUAAAUGGUCUUGAAAAUCUAGAUUUAAGUCAGAAUUUACUUACUGGGGAGAUACCACAACAGCUUGCAAAAUUACAUUCCUUAGAAAUGUUGGACCUUUCGCACAAUAUGCUGAAUGGUUCCAUCCCAAAUUCUUUUAAUGAUUUGAAAAGCUUGACUGUUGUGAAUAUAUCUUACAAUCAAUUAGAAGGCCUUAUUCCUAAUAUUAAGGCAUUUCAUGAGGCUUCAUUUGAGGCGUUAAGAAACAAUAAAGGCCUAUGUGGUAAUGCCACAGGACUAAUGCCUUGUGCUGUCGCUGCUUCUAGCAACGGUCAUAGAAAAAGCUCCAAAGUCAUCAUUUUCAUUGUGAUUCCAUUCUUUGGUCUUCUUUUUCUCUGUAUCAUGGUUGGAAGUAUCCUUAUUCUUUGCCAAAAGAACAGAACCAGAAAAUCUGAGUCAAUAGAGCCACAACUUGGAGAAUUUUUCACAUUGUGGGGAUGUAAUGGAAGAAUACUCUACGAGAACAUUAUUGAAGCCACUGAAGAUUUCAGCUCCAACAAUUACAUUGGUUCAGGAGGCUAUGGAACUGUUUAUAAAGCUGCGCUACCCAUUGGUGAGGUGGUUGCUGUGAAGAAACUUCACCAAUCUGAAGAUAGCAUGACUUCGAACAACUUGAAAGCCUUUGAAAGCGAGAUUCAUGCUUUAUCAGAAAUAAGGCAUCGUAACAUUGUGAAGCUGUAUGGCUUUUGUUCACAUCCAAAGAACUCAUUUUUGGUUUAUGAGUUUGUAGAAAGGGGAAGUUUGAGAAAGGUGUUAAGCAACAAGGAUGAGGCAAUGGAGUUGGAUUGGGAGAAGAGGAUAAAUGUUGUAAAAGGAGUGGCCAAUGCCUUGUCUUAUAUGCAUCAUGACCAUUCACCACCAAUAAUUCAUCGAGACAUUUCCAGCAACAAUGUUCUUCUGGAUUUGGACUAUGAGGCUCAUGUUUCAGAUUUCGGCACAGCUAGGCUUUUAAAGCCCGACUCUUCCAAUUGGACUUCACUUGUUGGUACUUUCGGGUACAUAGCUCCAGAGUUGGCUUAUACAAUGAAAGUGGACGAGAAAUGUGAUGUUUAUAGUUUUGGGGUGCUAACAAUGGAAAUACUUAUGGGGAGGUAUCCUGGUGAUUUGAUUUCAUGUUUGCCAUCAUCGUCAUCAGCACCGGCAUCAACUUCGACAUCGAUACCAAAUGACAACCAACUGAUUUUAUUUAAAGAUGUGAUAGACCAACGCCUCUCACCACCGGUGAGGCAAGUUGCAAAGGAUGUUGUCUCUACUACAAAGCUAGCAUUUACAUGCUUGAAUGACAGACCCCAACUUCGGCCAACCAUGCAACAAGUUGCUCAAGCUCUUACCCGUCAAUCACUUCCUUUGCCCAAUCCUUUCUCAAUCAUAAAAUUAGGAGAAUUAUGGGAUCAUGAAGUCUGCAGUGGCUAA